CUGCAAAGUGUCGUAAAACAUUUAAUUUACUUCCCCAUACAGCAGCUAGCGUAUACAAGGUGCAAAAGCGAUGGUGCUCUAAAAACAUAAUUCUUCUUACCAAACUUCAAAUUCAUGAAGAUUUUCAUUAGACAACUUGACAGGCUAAAGCAUGGAGGACAUGGAAGAAGAAAGUUCUGGUCUAAAUGACGACCACAACCAUAACUACUGUGAAAACCGUGCCAGUGGACAAGUUCACUAUCUCAGGACCGAACUGUCAAAUGAACCCCAGACCCUACCAAUUUUUCCGGUUCUGGGCACGCGAGAUGUAGCGGCGCAGGAGAACCACGCAAAUAUUUGUUCCAGUUCCAGCAGUGGUUCAAAGUUCGUGGAUUCAGACUCUAACAGCGUGAACAGUGACACCAGCGAGACUGACAGUGCCUCGCCAGCUUCCAUCGCAGGGAAACUGACCCUGAACUCCGCCUCGAAGUUUCUAAUGAAUGUAAUGACCGAAGAGGACUAUAGAACCACAUACUGGCCGAACCUGGAGAAAGCCAUUGACCACCUGCUGACACAAAACCCAAUGGACCACAUCUCCAUUUCAUAUGAGCAGAUAUACAGUUAUGUGUACAAGUGUGUUUGUCAACAGCACUCAGAGCUACUGUACAAAGACUUGAUGCUGAAGAUUACUACCCAUCUUCAACAAGUUUCAUCUGAUUUACAAAUUGUUCCACCAGGGAAUUUCAUUGAGCAUUUUAACAUUGCUCUGACUCAGUACACAGAUGCUCUUCAAUGCAUAGUUCCUGUAUUCAUCUACAUGUCACAGGCAACAGAGAACUGGAACGAAAGGCGGCCAAAUGAGGUGUUGGCUUUAGGGAUGAUCAGUGAGAUACACCUGCUGGAGCACGUGCUACGGAAUAAGUUCUACAUUGAAACGAAGCUAAACCGACACCUGCGAGAAGAUCUCAUGAAGCUUUUUACUGAUCAUGUUGCAGAAAAACAUGUGAACAUGCUGAUACCUCUCCUCCUCGAAGCCCAUUCCAUGCCUUUUCAAGUCAGACCUUCAACAAUGGCCAGUGUCGUGAAAGGCCUGUAUACUCUUCGGCCAGAUUGGGUACAUUUAGCCCCAGCUCUCUUCUCUGGAUUCAUCCCUCAAAUCAACCCGCCAACAGUGGAAUCCCAGCUCUCUGACUAUGCUGCUCAUGACCAGAAACUACAAAUGGAGCUCUCUCUGAAUGGCUUUCCCAGAGGUGACCAGUCUCGCAAGAGAGCCAGCGAGGAGUCUGCAUAGAGUGCUCAGACAGUCAUCAACCUGGCUCAACCCAAAUUCACAAAACACUGAGCCGAUUAAGAUUCUCUGAUGCUGAGUGCAGUGGGUGAGCAUAAGCAUGGGCUCGUUUUUGACCCGCAAGAGUCAUAGUGGACACUGCUUUCUUUGCCUCUUUUUUGAAAAGCACAGUGAAUUCAUAAUGAUUCUGUCAGCUUUUGGUGAUGAAUCCAUCUUCUUUAUUGUUAAGGUAUUAUGUAGUUUAAUGUAUUUGUUCUUAUUUUCUCCAUUAAAGUGUGCCUUCUGCUCUGCUUUGUUGGGAUAUUCAAGUUGCCAUUAACCAGGUGGAUGGGGCAUGAUUCCCAGUUUGACCACAUACUGUGUCAAUUAUGGGUCGUGUUCAUUAGGAUAUGCCGCGGAAAACAUGAAUUACAGUGGAAAACAAAAGGAGUGUUUCUGAUUGGACAAAUACAGGUGGUUCCUCUGUUUGUCCGUUUUCUUCCACUUUGUGCCUAAUGAACAUAACUCUAACCUGGACCUCCCUGAUCUGUUUUUGGUCUGAUUGAUCUGAUUCAGUAACUAUGACAGUCUGCUGCUAUUCCUCAUCUGUUGUUGUGUAGAACACUUGAUUUUUGUCUGUCUGGUCUGUGUCUGGUCUGUGUAAUUAAUAUUGACAGUUGUUUGGAUAGGAACAAAUUGUGUCACUUUGUAUCAGUCAGAUAUGUUAACGUCUGUAAAUGAAAGACUAGGGUCUGGGAAGUGGGAAUAUUUCCUCUUGAAUUUAAGAAAGUUCUACAGUGGCACAUACCCAAUUAGGUAUGCAUUUCAUUCUAUUUUUGAUGUUUAGGCAACUUUGUAAGCAAUGGUUUAUCUGGAACUUACAGGAUAAAAUAUGUCCUGUAUAACAAUUUCUUUCUCAAUGGGUAUGAAACGGCAACAAAGCUUGUUAGCAUACAAAAUAGGAGUAUUUUUAAUUUAAUUUAACUAGGCAAGUCAGUUAACACAUUUACAAUGACUGCCUAAAGUUUUGGUUAUAACUGAAUAGGUUAUGUCGGUAAUUGUUUAAAGGUAUAUUUUCUACAACAUUUAUAUUUUAUUGCUUUUGUUUUUGAACCAGAUCGUAUUUACCAAGCAUGCCAAAGAUGAUUCACAAUGUUCUUAUUCCCUGUUCUAAAAUAAUAAAAUAAUAGUCUCCCCAUGUUGCUGCUGUAUCUGCAUUAGCUUACCCAUUGUACCAAGUCACUGAGCCAAUUGAUUAGGAUACAAUUUUGAAACUGUUGUGAAUUUGGUUACAAUAAUUAUGUCAAAUGAUGUAGGUGGAGUUAAUUAAAAUCAUCCCUGUGUUCUCUCCAGUUCCUGAUGAUGUAAACCGAUCCAGUCUCAUUGUGGUAAUGAUCAAUGUACAGAUUUACCUUUGUUACAUGUGGUUGAUGUUAAAAUGGAAGUAUUUGAUACAGUUCUUUGCACUGUUUUAAGUGUAAUGUGAUAUUUGAAGAUGUUGGAGAUGGCACACUCAUUGUCUUAUGUACAGUUUUACUUUCAAUAAACAAAUCUUGAAAAGGA